AUGCUUUGGGGUGCGCUAUUACUCCUGUUCUCGAGUAAUGUCGUUGCCGCGCGCCACGAUGCGGACUUGAUGUCCUUUGUGACGCUCCCCGAGGUCCGGGCCUUGAAAUGGGAGAUCACUUACUAUGACCGCGAGCGCAUGGCCCCGGGCUACAUUUUCGUCGCGCCCUACGGUCAGAUCUCCCCGGAACAUCCCACGCAAAAGUACCAGCAAUACCAAGUCGGUCCCUAUAUUUAUGAUGACACUGGCGUCUUGAUCUGGGCUGGAUCGCCCUUGUACGACAAUCAGAAUACCUUCGAUUUCAAGCCAGUCCACAACAUCGAUGAUGACCCGCACCUGUCAUUCAUUGUGGGGUGGGAGUUCGACAAUUCGAAGAAGGGCCAUGGUGCUAUCGUGAACAACAAGUAUGAGGUGGAGAAGGAGGUCCAGGUCAUCAAUGAGCUUCAUGACUUCAAUAUGCACGAGUUCAACAUUCUGGAUGGUGGAAAGACUGCCCUGGCCUGUACAUACCGCAACCAGGUGGUCAACAUGGCUGAUUUCGGUCGCCCUACGGAAGAAAGUUGGGUGGUAACUGGUGGAUUUGUUGAGUUGGAUGUUGCGACUAGCGAAGUCCUCGUCGAGUGGGACUCGUACGACAAAAUUGCCCUGCACGAGUCGAACAUGUUCAAUGCGUGGGAUAACCCCGCCGGAAAGCCCGGUUGGGAUUAUGUUCAUAUCAACGCAGUCGACAAGAACGCAGCUGGUGACUAUCUGAUCUCUUUGCGUUUCACCAACACUAUCUACUUGAUUUCUGGCCAGGAUGGAAACAUCGUCUGGCGUCUGGGUGGAUUGGAGAGCAAUUUCGAUCAGGACUUUACCUUCUCUAAGCAGCACGAUGUCAAGUUUGUCUCAUCAAACGGCACCCACCACGUUAUCUCAGUCCUGAACAACGCCUCCGACGAACGGGGUCAAGACGAGAAUGUCUCGGCCGCUUUGAUUAUCGAGCUAGACACCACCGUCGUUCCUAUGACUGCUAGAGUGAUCCGCCGUAUCAACCGCCCAGACAGCGGUCUCACCCGACUCCGUGGCAGCGUGCGUGUUCUUCCCAACGAGAACAUCUUCGUCGGAUGGAGUGAGCGUGGCUACUCUAGCGAGCACGCCUCAAACGGUGAUCUCCUAAUGACAGCCCGAUUCGCUUCCGACCGAUACUCGACCUACCGCGCCUUCAAGGGAGAGUUCACCGGCCGCCCAUCUGCCCCGCCCGACCUGGUCGCAUCCGUCUACGGAACCGACGACGAGGACACUACUACUCUACUCUAUGUCAGCUGGAACGGUGCAACCGACGUCGUCAAAUGGAACUUCUAUGCGCAGGCUUAUGACCGCGGCGAGCCCGUGUUCAUCGGCUCCGUCAACAAGACCGAUUUCGAAUCGAUGUUCAUCGCCGACGGCUACAUGGACUGGGUUUCUGCUCAGGCUAUUGACGCCGAUGGAAAUGUCAUGCACACAUCCAAAACGAUGCGCACCGAUAUCCCCACCAACUGGAAGAGCGCUGGCUGGGAAGGAAACACCGGUCCUAGUCCCGACGACCCAUCCAUUAUCGCCGCAGCCAACAAGGACCUAGGCUCCUCUGACAGCACCUCCAACAAUAACAGUGACAGCAAAAUUGUCAGCGGCGACGAAUCAGCCGACCUAAUCAACGACGGCACCUCAACCGGCUCAUCCGGCACCGCUAGCAAGAGCACCUCCCAAUACGCCGACGCAAAGGAAGUUGCCAAAGCAGUCUACACAGCCUAUGACGUCAUCCGCGGCGUUGGCAGCGUCCUAGUCUUCAUUCUGGUAUCUCUAAUACUAGGAGGCGUAGGCUACGCCAUCUGGUGCGCCAUCCGCGCCCGCCGCUCACGCUCUUACCAGCACGUCCCCUCGGAGGAGGGUCUUCCCACAGAAGAGAUCCACCUUACCUCUAACCGCCGCGAUUAA